CUAUAAAGAAGAAAACACUCUGCGCUUGAUUAAUACCUAAUGCUCCAAGAACUAGCAGUAUACACAGGCGUGUGAUGCAUUUUCGAAUCAGAUUCGCACUAUUGCUUCAACUUUGAUACCACUGCCUAAACUAAGGAAAAAAAUCCCAUCUUUAUCUCCACCUAUCAAACACUAGUACAUGUGUAUAUAUCUCCACGUUUUUAGUGAGUGAAUAAGUAUAAACUUGCACUAGCAGCAGAGUGGCAGCGUCAUUCCUUUACUGUUAUGGCCUCCAAAACCGCCGUUAUUGCAUGGGGUUCGGGAGAAGACGGGCAGUUAGGAAUCGGGACUAACGAGGAGAAAGAAUGGGUUUGCACCGUCACUGCCCUUCGCUCCGAGAAGGUCUGCUCUGUCGUUGCUGGCAGCCGCAAUUCCCUUGCCAUUUGUGAAAACGGAAAGCUGUUCACUUGGGGGUGGAACCAAAGAGGGACACUUGGGCACCCACCGGAAACCAAAACUGAAAAUGUUCCCAGUCAAGUUAAGGCUCUUUCCAGUGUCAAAAUUGUCCAGGCUGCCAUUGGUGGUUGGCAUUGCUUGGCAGUUGAUGAUCAAGGCCGAGCUUACGCGUGGGGUGGUAAUGAGUAUGGGCAGUGUGGUGAAGAACCUGAGCGUAAAGAUGAUACAGGCAGACCUGUUAGAAGAGAUAUUGUCAUUCCACAGAGAUGUGUGCCGAAACUUUCAGUUCGUCAGGUGGCUGCUGGUGGUACUCAUUCAGUAGUUCUAACACGGGAAGGACAUGUAUGGACAUGGGGUCAACCAUGGCCUCCCGGAGACAUAAAACAAAUAUCCACCCCAGUUCGAGUACAAGGUCUAGAUAGCGUAAAGGUGAUUGCAGUCGGAGCUUUUCACAACCUGGCCCUUCUUGAUGAUGGAACUUUAAUGGCAUGGGGCAAUAAUGAGUACGGCCAGCUUGGAACUGGUGAUACCCAGCCUAGAUCACAACCUAUUGCCGUCCAGGGACUCUCUGAUCUUAACUUGGUUGAUAUUGCUGCAGGAGGAUGGCACUCAACUGCAUUGACGGAUGAUGGAGAGGUGUAUGGCUGGGGCAGAGGGGAACAUGGGAGGCUUGGUUUCGGAGAUGACAAGAGCAGCAAAAUGGUUCCUCAAAGGGUUCAACUUCUUGUAGGCGAGGACAUUGUUCAGGUUUCUUGUGGAGGCACUCACUCUGUUGCAUUAACACGAGAUGGCCGCAUGUAUUCGUUCGGGCGGGGAGAUCACGGACGUUUGGGAUAUGGAAGAAAGGUGACUACUGGUCAUCCAGCAGAAGUACCCAUAAACAUUCCACCACCCAAGGAUUUGAACGGGGCCAAUGCUGAAGGCCGAUGGUGCGCAAAACUUGUUGCUUGUGGAGGUCGCCAUACAUUGGCAAUUGUAGAAUGGCGUGAUCAUGAACCCGAGCAGCUGCACUGAAGCUUUGUAGAUCUACAAGGAUCCUAAUAGUUCUGCUUUCUGCAAUUGCAACUCUGGGUAAAGAAAGGAAAUAGCACUGAGGUGAGAAAAAUAUGCACCAAGGUAAGAUUUGGGUAAUGUUACAUUAUGAAGUAAGUUUCGGGCAUGUGUCUUGCAGGCAUUUGAUGCUCUUGUAACUUAGCGUAUUACUAUCUGUGAACUGGAUGUUAAAAUAUUAAAGUAGAUUAAAUAUGGCAUUUGCUGCUC